AACACCGCUUGUUGUUGAUAUUUUGACAUAUGUUUUUGUUUUGGGGUACAAAAAACCCUUUAAUGUUUAUAAUUAAAGCAUGUGACAAUAAAUUUGCGUUGAUCCGAAGUUAGUGAUAAUUUUAAGAAAAUAUGGUUUUAAGUUAGUUGACCCAAGUUCAUGUGAUUUCCUCAUUAUGUCAAACCUGGAAGCGAAAACGAGCAAUAACGAUGUGAAAGUUGAAGAGUAUACUUGGGAAAAUUUCGAAAAUUGGAUUCACUGUAUUUGCAUUGUUAAUUUUGAUUUAGAAUUGGGACAAGCUCUUGAGGGAAUAUACCCACGACAUGUGACCCUAACUAAACAAGAAAUUUCAAAUAUUUGCUAUCUGGCUUUUCCGGACUCAAAUUCAGGGUGCAUGGGUGAUACUACUUUUAUCAUCAGACUUCCGAAUAGCCCAGGGAAAAAUACGCGUCGGGACGAACAUCUGCAAUAUAACACUAAAUGUGCCCCCAUUUUGCAAAUCCAUUCUUCGUACUAUUGGGGUUAUGUAUAUUUCAGACAAGUGAAGGAUGUCACGAUACCCAGAGGUUAUUUUCAAAAGAGUGUGGUUAUUUUAACCCGACUUCCUUUUAAUAAUUUAUUUAUGAAAAUCUGUAGUUUAUUGGCGCCUGAAUAUUUUGAGCACGGUGAACUUAGCUUGGAAGCUGCCUGUUGUAAUAUAGAGAGGUGGCCCCCUCCAGCCCCCGGAGAAACGCUCAAUCUUCCUUUGUUAGGUUUAGUUUUUCAAAUACAUAUUCCUCAGUCGAAUAGUAAUUCGCCUGGACGUCAACUAGCUGCUUUGACUGAACCUACAGAAAAUCAGAUACAGACCCCAGUAGAAGAUUUGAAUUAUUUUGAAAUUUUGCAGCCAGUUUUGUCGCAUAUUCAUAUGUUAUGGGAGCUGGUGCUCACGUCUGAACCACUAGUUGUUAUGGCCACUUCUCCAACGCAUUGUUCGUCUAUGGUGUUGGCUUUAACUAGAAUAAUUUCUCCAUUAAAGUUUUGCGGCGAUUAUCGGCCCUAUUUCACGAUUCAUGAUAGCGAAUUUAAGCAAUUUACAAGCAAAGUACAAGGACCUCCGCCGGUAGUUUUAGGUGUGACGAAUCCAUUUUUUGCUAAAAUACUUCAUCAUUGGCCUCAUACGAUAAGAUUAGGAAAUGACUUAGGGCAAACUCAAAAAUUUAAACUUAAGAAAAACGCCAACACGAAGAUGUUGGAUAAUAGUCCAGGAGUAUAUACAACAUAUAAGCCUUUUUUACAAAAGGAUAAAAAUAUUAUUAAGAAGCUGUUGUCCGGAGUGACUUCCAGGAGACCGUUUGAGGUGCAGUCGGCCUUACUUAGAAGACAUCUUCUGGAGCUCACGCAAAGUUUUAUGAUACCUUUAGAAAGGUAUAUCGCUAGUUUAAUGCCAUUACAAAAAAACAUAUCACCGUUUAAGGCAGCGCCAACUCCGUUACCUUUUAAUCCCGACGACUUUAUUGCCACUUUAGAAACGGCCGGGCCGCAACUCACAACGGGGAUUAAAGGUGACUGGAUUGGGUUGUAUAGGAAAUUUUUUAGAUCCCCCAAUUUUAAUGGAUGGUUUAAUAUGAGAUACACCGACCUAGCUUUGAAGUUGCAAGCCUUGCAUUUGGAAGCGCUUUCCAAUGCUGAUUUAAAAGACUGGGUACAGGGUAAACCCGAAGUGGAAGUUGUUGAUAUGAUGUUAAAAAUUAAAGACAAAAUAACAAAAUGCCGCGAAAUUAACAUACCUGUUAACGAAAAAGUAAAGGAGAAGUUGAAUCAAAGACUCCAAGAUAUUAUUAGCUCUCUCCCUGAUGAUUUGAAAAAUGUUUUCCAGGUUACAUGAUGAUUUUCCCAGUUUUACGUCAUUUUUAACCGUUUAUUGAUACUGUAUAUGUAUAUGUAAUUAGUUUCUAGUCGUUUUUUAAGAGUAAUUGUAUGUUGUAUUUUUUUAACUUUUGUGUAUUUUUUGUCUUCGAUAUUUCUUAAAGGGAGGAUUUGUUGGUUUGUAUUAUAAGUCUUGUGUGGCGUCCAGAGAGAGUUGGAUGUUGCAUUAUUUUUUUACCGUUUUUAUACAAUCCCCAGAUUUUUAUAACUUGUUGAUCAAAAAGAGUAACUAGAAAUAUGUUCCUUGUUUAUUUCCAACGAUCUUGUCUAGAGCAAAGAACAAAUUUAACUGGAUGUGCAAAUUUUAUAUAUUGAUUUCAUUAAGGUUAAAUUUAUGAAUUAAGACUCAGGGUUUGCACAACAGUUAUUGAGAAAUUUCAAAUUGCAUUGAGAAUGUGCCAAAAUGGCCUUAACUGCCAGUCAAUUUCCAUCCGAUUAUAAUUGUGAGAUAUAUUAAAUUAGUUUCAGUAAUUUGGUAGUGAUUUGUAGUUUAAAUAUAAGUCCCUUUAUGUCAAUUAUGUUAAAUAGUUUAGAAACGAGUAGUGUAUGAAGAACUUAUAAAAUAGAGAGUUUGGUUGGUUUCCAACUUGUCAGCCUUAAUUGCAGCAAUAAGUAGACAGAUUUUAUUUAUUCUGUGCAUUAUUGGUACUCGAUUUAUUUCCACCAUGUUGAAUCAAAUGUUAGAAUGUGGCCAAGAUGUGAAUUAUUUUUGUAAAAAAUUGAAUAACUUGUUUAUGCUUCAAAGACGUGUAUAAAAUAUACCAAAUUGUAAAAAUAAAGUUAUUCUUGAUCAA